AUGGAAAACGUAUUAGAAAAACAAUUAUUGAAAGUGGCAGAAUCAAUUGAGCAAAAGCUUGAUCAAGAGAUACAGAAACUUGAUGAGUUGGAUUUAGAUAGUAUUGAAAAUAUACGAGAACACCGCUUGCAACAAAUGAAAAAAAUGAUCAAACAGAAGGAAGAAUGGAUGGCUAAGGGACAUGGAGAAUAUGAAGAAUUGAGUGAUGAGAAAAGUUUCUUCGAAAAAUCAAAACUGAGUCCAAACAUGGUGUUACACUUUUAUAAAGACGGAUCAACUCGAUGCAAAAUAGUUGAUCAUCAUUUAAAAAUAUUAUGUGCACAACAUUUGGAAACACGUUUUGUUAAGCUAAAUGUUACUCGUUUUCCUUUUCUGACAGAGCGCAUGAAAAUCCGUGUCAUACCAACCAUUGUGUCAAUAGUAGAUAGUAUAUCCAAAGACUUUAUUGUUGGUUUUACUGAAUUGGGGAAUUGUGAUGAUUUUUCAACUGAGAUGUUGKAAUGGCGUUUAGCACGAUCACAAGUUAUUGAUUACAAGGGAGACUUACUUAACCCUCCAGAUGUUGUCAAGAACAACAGAACAAUGUUAUUAGAGAAAAAUAAGACAAUAAGAGGUUAUGUAGGAAAUGAUUCAGAUGGUCUUGAUUCUGAUUGAUCUGGUCUAAAAUGUUAAACUAAUAUACUAAUAAAAUACUUAAAUAAACUAAUAUAAAUCAUAAUUUUUUUUUUUUUUAACUUAUAAUAUUGUUAAUCUUACUUAACCUCUAUUGUAGAGUAUUUUUUACAUUCCUACGAUGUUUUUCAUACAUUUAGUGAAUACCUACAGCAUUUAUUUAACGUACGUGUCCCCAGCCCCCCCACAUCGGAUAUUUCAAWU